AUGCUUCAGGCAACCAAGAAUGUACCACGCGCAGCGCUACUGUGCCUCGUCAUUUCCAUCGCGCUCUCCGCGCCGUGCGCCGUGCGCGGCGCGCCGCAGGGUCCCGCCGCGACGUCGAUAGCGGCGACACUGGCGAGCGCGGAGUCGCCGUCGCAGUCGUUCAACGUGUCGCUGCUCGUCCUCAACGCCACCGGGCUGCUCGCCAAGCUGCCCUCGCUCGCGCCGCUCACUCUCUUCGCGCCCACCGACGCCGCGUGGCGCGCCGCAUUCCACGCCCUCGCCCUGCCUUAUCUCAGCGCCUACAUUCCCUUCCCCGGCGCCGCCGUCGGCGGCGAGACCCCCGGAAGCCCGGGCAGUCCGGGGAACAGCUCGGGCGGCGCGGGCGGUUCGGACGCCGCCAAUCCCGGUGGCAUCGCACAGCCAACCCCAGCGCCCGGUGUUGCCCCCGCUGCGGGAGGCGCUAGCGGCGGGGCGAGCGCGGCGAUGAUUCCCAGCCUUCCGCAAGUUGACUUGCCGCUGCCCGGCGUUCCCGACGUGGCGAUUCCCGGGAUUCCAGGCAGGUCAGACGGAUUGAAUUCGACAAUACCUGUGGAUAACAUGACCAUUCCCAUGCCCGAUCUCAACAUGACCAUGCCCAACAUGACCAUGCCCAACAUGACCAUGCCCGGCAUCAAUGUGACCAUGCCCGACUUCAACUGGACAUUUCCCAAUAUAAACAUGUCCAUGCCAAAUAUGAACCCGUUGACUUUCGACCCGCUUCUCGCCGCAUUGAGCGCCGUGUUUUCCGGCGACGGGACGCCAGCGUCGCUGGCGGCGCUGACGAAAGAGCGGCCCGAGGCGCUGAAGGCUCUGUCGGAGCUGCUCGCAUACCACGUGGCGACGGCGGCGCUGAACGCAGCGGCCAUCGCGGCGCAGUUCACGGCGGAAGCGGGCAACCUGACGACGGUGAACGGGCAGGGGCUGUGGAUCAACUACAAUAAGAGCGAGUCCGCCGCGCUGCUCAACGCGUACUCGCCGGCGCAGCGCGCGCUGAUCAGCGAGGGGAUAAGCGUGGGGUACGACGGAACCAUCUACUACCCCAACGGCACCACCGUCGCCGCCAACGGCACCGUCAUCUUUGACCCCUUGACGAGCCCCGUGGCCGUGGACUCGGACGGCAACACCUACUUCGCCAACGGUACAGUCGUCAGCUCGAACGGAACCGUUGUGAGCACCAACGGCACCGGCAUUGCCAUCGACGGGCCGGGCCUCCCUCUGCCCCCCACCGUCUCGUCGCCCCCCUCCAACGGCGACGGGUCGGUGGCGCCGCGCGGCGUGGCUGGCGCGCAGAUGAUGAUGGAGCCGCAGCCUCAACCCGUAAUGGAACCCACCCCCAUGAUGGGCGGCCCCGCCGAUGUGCCCCCCGCCACCACCAUGCCCGCCCCCGCCGAUAUGCCCCCCGCCGAUAUGCCCCCCAACAUCCAGGUGGACCCGAUCCCGGGGGUCAUGGGCGGGUGGGGCAUGGGGGGCGACUGGGGCAACUGGAGCGCGGAGGCGCAGCAGCAGUGGUGGGGGAAUGCGACUGAGUGGAUGAACCAGGCCGUGCCAGGGCUGAACGUGACUGCCACUGAAUACCUCGCGUGGCUCAACGCCUCCUCCGCCUGGGCGGCAGGCUCUAAUAUGAUGUGGGAGCAGGCUGGCAGCGACAUGAACGUGGCUCGGGUGGUGCGGGCUGAUCUGAUGGACAGCGCUGGCAUUGUGGUGCAUGGCGUCGAUGGCGUGCUCUUCCCCCACUACAGGGACAUGCCUGUGUUUGACAAGGGCGGCGGGGGCGAGGGAGAGGGUGGCGUGCCUGUGCCUAUGCCCAUCGCCAUGCCUGUCGUAGCGCCUGGUGGCGUUGCUAAUGGCAGCACGAACGGCGCGGGUACGAAUGGCGCUGCGACUGGCGGGCAGCCCGACGACAGUGCUGCCACGGGUGCUGGUGCUCCUGCGGCAGCUGGGUCUAGCAGUGCUGGGCAGGAUGCGUCUAAGAGUGCGGCGAGUGGCACGCCAGCACCACCUGCUGGGUCACCCCCUGCGGGUAAAGCACAGAGCAAGGCUGCUGCAGUCCCCCUCCUCUUGACUGCUGCGCUCUCCCUCGUGGCUCUGCUAUAG